AUGGACGGAAAAAGACGGACACUAGACGAUGACGUCGUCGACUUAACCAACAUCGACGACGAUGAUCCCAUCCCAGACCUCAGGGCCGGGCUAAUCGCCAGACGACCCAAUUCAGGAGCAUCGAAAACCGACGACUUCCUCUUCCUGUCAGAUGACUUCGACUCGACGGGAAAUCUAGGCGCCGACGAUUUGGACCCCUCCGAAGCUCGGCCCGCCAAGAAACAAUGCGUCUCUGGAGCUUCCAAUUUAACUGCUGGAGGCGUACGUGAGCAAAUUGUCCAAAAGUCUACGACGUCUGCGGCAGGGAGAAUCCGAACGGGACCUGGUGUACUUCAGCCAGCUGGCCCAAGAAAGCGGAACGCUCCAUCAGACCCCAUCGAGUUUACGAGUUCUCCCCACGCUCCGAGGUCCUCGAAUAAGCGCGACGCGAUCUCAAGUGACCCUUUUGCAAGCUCUCCUUGGCGCGCAGAGAAAGAGAACAUCAUUGACCUGGUAGAUGACGUUGACGAUCCGUUCGCGAGCUCCCCUCCGAGGGGGACAGGAAAGCCGAUGAUGCCGCCCAAACGUGCCGGGAAGAGAGAGCCCAGCCCAGGACUACCAGGGAACAGCCCGCGGCAGGCUCAGAAGAAUAUUCGAGGGUCCAGGAAUUCUGUGGGAUGGGAUCACAUUUCAAGCUCUGCUCCUGAGGCCAGUGUCCGGGAAGACCAGUGGGGCUUUGACGUCCAAUCUUCGCGCAACGGUCUCGCGAGAAGUCGCUCUGGGGGAGUUGACUUGGGGGACCUGGCGGAUCUUCCCAUGUCGUCUGACAAUGACGACGACGACGAGUUCCCUGACAUCGGCGGCAUUAAAAGGCCGAAGCUGAGCUCCAACGCCAUGUCAAAGGCGAUAACAGCACCGCGAACCUCAGCGUCGAAGCCAUCCACAUCCAAAACAAAACCUACUACUGAAGGUAAAGCAGCUGCGAGAGAAGCCGAGAAGCGGAGGAAACAGCGAGAGAGAGAAGAAAACAAGGACCAGAGGAGACGGGAAAAGGAGAGGGCAGCGGCAUUAGCUGAAGUGAACAAGGUCAGGACCGACAAAAAAGUCACCACGCCAGAGAUGAUCGUCGACCUUCCUUCGUCCAUGAACCCCAGCGUCAGGCUGCAAGUUGAGACACUCCUCGAGGACCUGAAAGUCCAGCACUACCCGUACAACAGCCCCGUUAAUGGCGUGGUAAAAUGGCGGAGGAAGGUCAGGGCCAGGUUCAAUGAGGACGAGGGCUACUGGGAACCAAUCCCAGUCGAGCGCAUCGAGCCCGAGAAGCACGCAAUGGUCCUCAUGCCGGCAGCUGAGUUUGUCGAGCUCGCCCUCGGGGCUAAGGGCUCCGACCUCGAGGCGCACGUCCUCAGGAUGCAGCGGCACUACGAGGGCGACCAGCUCGUCUACAUGAUCGAGGGCCUGACCCCCUGGAUGCGCAAGAACCGCAACGUCCGUAAUCGCCAGUUCCAGUCUGCGGUCCGUAACGCCGGCCCCGACGCGGAUGCUGCAGCAGCAGCAGCCACCGCUCCGCCCCCGAGCAGCCAGGCACCCCCGAACCGCCGGAGGAAGGACCCCAAGCCCCCGCCUGUCUACAUCGACGAGGACCAGGUCGAGGACGCGCUGCUCCAGCUGCAGGUGGCACACGGCGUCAUCAUCCACCACACGGGUGCGCCGAUCGAGACGGCGCAGUGGGUCGCGACAUUCACGCAGCACAUCAGCCAGAUCCCGUACCGGCGGCAGCGGGACGCGGCCAACGAGUCCGCCGCGUUCUGUAUGGAUAGCGGCCAGGUUCGCACCGGUGACGGGCCGGCCGACACGUACGCGCGCAUGCUGCAGGAGAUCGUCCGGGUCACGGCUCCCAUCGCAUAUGGCAUCGCAGGCCAGUUCCCGACCGUCGGCAAGCUGGUCCGCGGCCUGGAGGAUGAGGGGCCCCUGGCGCUGGAGAGCAUCCGGAAGAGCGCGAACAGGGAUGGGGCGUUUACCGACCGGACGAUCGGGCAGGCUAUCAGUCGGAGGAUUCACAAGGUCUUUACGGGGAGGGACGAGGCCAGUACGGAUAUCUGA